AUGUCUAAAAAACAGAAGCACACUCAAAAAUAAAACAAGAAAGUUCUUUCUCAAGACAUAAACGAGAGUGAUCAGACUCAUUACUUCGGUCUUCUUGGAGAUGACUAUGAUAAUAAUGACAAUAUUAAAGUAGCCUAGAAAAUACUCGGAGAUUACAAAACCCUUUUGGAGUAUCCCCCGAGUAAAUUUUGGGCCACAGUCUCCUACAACCUAAACCUCCAAAAUUCCUUAGACCUAUUUUUGAGAUAUGCACCAAGAAAACAUUUUUUAAAGGAACCAUUACAUUUCACAGGAUAUUAUGGAGUACUAAUCAAAGAGAUUUUCAAAUGUGUCUUGGCCAUCUAUCUUCGAUUAAUAGAUUUACAAAAUGAAGACCCAAUACUUUUUGAACAAAUUGGUGUCCAUGAUCUUGUCUACUAGAAAUGGAUCUUUGAUGUCAUGAAAUUGACUGAUAUUUGCACAAUAUAUGCUGAUCAAAAUGAAAAUGCUGUGAAGAAAAUUUGUUCUUUUGUUUUUUAUUACCAAGCUUAUUAGGAUGAUUACAAAUCAACCAUCGAAUCCUUUAUGAGAAAUGUCCUGGGGAAAAUCUACGAGGAGAUGUUCUAAAUAAAUAAUAAAUCAGCCAAUGAGAGCGAAAUCAUUAUUAGCGAUGUGGAAUAAAAAAUGGAAUUACUCACCUUAAUUUUAGAUUCCAUUGAAACACUUAUUAUUUGGGCAAAGUAUUUCCCAUAAAAACAAUACCUUUUCAAACCAGAAGUCGUUUAAUGUUUAGAAUAGGUCUUUUAUGAAUUGAUCUUGGCUAAAGGAUAUAGCAGAGGCGCAACAUAAAUCACUGGUGUUUGGAAACCUUAAUUCUUAUAGAAUUUACACCACUUCCUUAAACUAGCUGUAUAAAGAGUUAUUGAUUUCUUUGUCAUCUACAUGAAAUACCUGGAGGAGUUGAUUGCGAACAAACAGAUUAAGCAAUCCCAAGAACAUAUGAAUUAUUUGAUUUAGAAUUUCGGCAUCAUGAAAAGGAAAUUUAAAUCCAAAAAAGGAGGUUCAAAUCAAAAUAAAGAGUGGAUUCUAUUCGAGGCACUUUAUGAAAAUGGUUUUAAUAUGGUUGAAUUACUAUUGAACAUACCAUGGAAUUAGAUUAAUCUACCUAAAGAGGAAAUUGAAGAAGUGACCCUUCUAAUGACAACAGUAAUAGAGGAGAGAGAGAGACUCAAGGGUAAAGCCAAUAAUAAUGAGCCAGAAAAUUUUGAGGUCUUUGAAAACUUUGAUCCUGCCUAAUCCACUCUUCCCCUUGACCUCAUAGAGGCAUAAGAGAAAUAGGAGGCUGAAGAACAAGAAUAAGAGAUCUAAGAAGAUGAGGAUGAACAAGUUCAAGCAGAAGAAAAAUUAGUUGAAAUAGUGUCAAAAAAGAAAUAGAAAUUGACAUUUGAUUAACCAUUAAAGGAUAGGAUAGAAAUGGCUGAAAUAACUGCUAAGCUCUAUAAUGAUGAACCUGACGAUACAUAUGAUUAUCAAGAAGCUUUGCAAAGACCUGAGAAGGAAUACACUAGCAGUGAUAAUGAUGAGUUGGAUGACUAUGUUCCUAAUGAUCACUUCAAUAGAUAUGCCAAGCCUUUGAAGAAGUAAUAGAUUAAUCCAGGACAUAGCAUGAGUUAACAGAAUUUAGAUUACAAUAAUGAUAAAUAGAUAAAAAUUCUAAAAAAUCCAAAUAAGCAGUAGCAAUAAAAUAGAUAGAAACAAAACGAGGAAGGAUUCAGUGAUGAAGAGGAUCAAUUUAGAAGAGAUAAUGGAAAUAGAUACAAUAAUAACAAUGAUAAUCGUCCAUAUUAAGAAAAGUCUAUGAAGACAUACAUUAAGGAUAAUAAUAAUUACCAGAAUAACAAUAGUGAGUAUCAAAGAAAGAACAACAACAAUAAUAAUUAACAAAAGCAAGAUUAUAGAAAUAAAAAUAAGAAUUAAGAAUAUUCAAGGAAUGAUGAUGAUUGUUAUAAAAGGGAUGACUACGAUCGAGAUGACAGAACUUAGGGCAAUAACGAGUAGAAGAAGGUUCUUUAAAAGGAGAGAAAUAGAGAUGGUGGCUACGUUGGAACCAACAAACCAAAAGUUUAGUAGGAAUAUGAGGAGAAGUAAGAAGCUAAAUAAGGUUAACAGACCAAUUAAAAAUAAAACAACAACAAACAACAACAAAACAAAAAGAAUUUAAACUCGAAAGCCACUCCUUACGAUAUUUAUGUGCCCAAAGAGGAAAGUGGAAAUAACGAAUACUAAGCUUAAGAAUAGAGGUAAGAGAAGAAACAAUACAGAGGUAAUAAGAGAUAUUGA